UGGUAGCGGAGACUGGCUCUGGCCGGUCGCCAUUCCGACGCGGGUGUCUGCCGGGUCUUCCUCACGCGCCGCUUCGCACCCUUGGCGCUUCUCCCCUAGAGCGCAGCAACCCGGACGGCCAGUGGGAGCUGGAGCGCCUGGCGGGCUCUGCGCGCAAAUGAAUGGGCGCCCGGGGGACGCGCGCGCGCGGGGCUGAAGGGCAUUAGGACCGUGAGGAUCGCUCCGCGCGCCUGUCUCUCCCCAUCACCCCCCCCACCCCCCACCUCUCUCCUUUUUCUGCUCUGCAGGACUGAGCAGCCGGGCGCAAGCGAAAACAAACAGCUGGGGCUGCGAGCGCCCCCGCUCCGGCCCCGAGAGCUCGCCGGCUCGGACCCCCACUCGGGGCGCCCGCCCGCCCACCAUGAGGAAGAUCCGCGCCAAUGCCAUCGCCAUCCUUACCGUAGCCUGGAUCCUGGGCACUUUCUACUACUUAUGGCAGGACAACCGAGCCCAUGCAGCAUCCUCCAGCGGCCGCGGCGCUCAGAGGGCCGGUGGGAGGCCGGAGCAGCUCCGCGAAGACCGCACCAUCCCGCUCAUUGUGACAGGAACGCCCUCGAGAGGCUUCGAUGAGAAGGCAUACCUGGCGGCCAAGCAGCUGAAGGCGGGAGAGGACCCCUACAGGCAGCACGCCUUCAACCAGCUGGAGAGCGACAAACUGAGCUCCGACAGGCCCAUCCGGGACACUCGCCAUUACAGUUGCCCGUCCAUGUCCUACUCUGUGGACCUGCCGGCCACCAGCGUCAUCAUCACCUUCCACAAUGAAGCCCGCUCUACCCUCCUGCGCACGGUGAAGAGUGUCCUGAACCGAACUCCUGCCAACCUGAUCCAGGAGAUCAUUUUAGUGGAUGACUUCAGUUCAGAUCCUGAAGACUGUCUGCUCCUGACCAGGAUCCCCAAGGUCAAGUGCCUGCGCAAUGACCGGCGGGAAGGGCUGAUCCGGUCCCGAGUUCGAGGUGCAGAUGUGGCCUCAGCUGCUGUCCUCACCUUUCUGGACAGCCACUGCGAAGUGAACACCGAGUGGCUGCAGCCUAUGCUGCAGCGGGUGAAGGAAGACCACACCCGUGUGGUAAGCCCCAUCAUUGAUGUCAUCAGUUUGGAUAAUUUUGCCUACCUUGCUGCAUCAGCUGACCUUCGUGGAGGAUUCGACUGGAGCCUGCAUUUCAAGUGGGAGCAGAUCCCGCUGGAGCAGAAGAUUAUCCGGACAGACCCCACCAAGCCCAUAAGGACACCUGUCAUAGCUGGAGGAAUCUUUGUGAUUGACAAGUCCUGGUUUAACCACUUGGGAAAGUAUGAUGCCCAGAUGGACAUCUGGGGGGGAGAGAAUUUUGAGCUCUCCUUCAGGGUGUGGAUGUGCGGUGGGAGCUUGGAGAUCGUGCCCUGCAGCCGGGUGGGCCACGUCUUCCGGAAACGGCACCCCUACAACUUCCCUGAGGGCAACGCUCUCACCUACAUCAGGAAUACCAAGCGCACUGCAGAGGUGUGGAUGGACGAAUACAAGCAGUAUUACUAUGAGGCCCGGCCCUCGGCCAUCGGGAAGGCCUUUGGCAGUGUGGCCACGAGGAUCGAGCAGAGGAAGAAGAUGAAUUGCAAGUCCUUCCGCUGGUACCUGGAUAACGUCUACCCAGAGCUCACGAUCCCGGUAAAGGAAGUGCUCCCUGGCAUUAUUAAGCAGGGGGUUAACUGCUUAGAAUCCCAGGGCCAGGACACUGCUGGUAACUUCCUGCUUGGAGUGGGGAUCUGCAGAGGGUCUGCCAAGAAUCCCCCAGCGCCUCAGGCGUGGCUGUUCAGUGAUCAUCUCAUCCAGCAGCAGGGGAAGUGCCUGACGGCCUCCUCCACCUCCAUCUCCAUGUCCCCCGGGACCCCGGUCUUACUGCAGGCAUGUAACCCAAGAGAAGGCAGGCAGAGAUGGAGAAGAAAAGCCUCUUUCAUCCAGCAUUCAGUCAAUGGCCUCUGCCUGGAGGCCAAGCCCGCCCAGCUGGUGACCAGCAAGUGCCAGGCCGAUGCCCCAGCCCAGCAGUGGCAGCUGUUGCCGCACACAUGACGAAACCAAUGGAAAGCCCCUGCCAUUUCUGUGAUCAGAAGCUGAACCUACCCAGGUAAAAAUAAACACUUCAGUGCAUGUAUGAACUGCAGCGGGCAGGCCGUGGUGAGACUGACUCUCCUGAAUGCAGUCAUGGCCGUCCCCAUCCCCACCUUGUCUCAGGGCUGCUCAUCUGUACUCCCCAGAACUUAUGAUCACUAGGCCUGAGGAGCCUGGAGUGCUGGCUGCUCACAGUUCCAAGCACACAGUGUGGCUGCGGAGUCCAGCCUAGGCUAAGCUGGACAAAGGUGACAAUUUCCUUUAGAACACUCUGGCUGCAGUCUCUGUCCAUCCGUCCAUCAUCUCAGAGAGCAUAGCCCACGGCCCACUGCCUUCUUGGGCCUCUCUCUUGGCCAGCUUUCCACGCUCCGUCCAUCUUCACUCCCACCUUGGAGGGCUCUGGUGCUGCUUCUCCUGCGGUGUGCUCUCUCUUGCCCUCCAAACCUACCUCUCCCAGGCCCAUUUUCUCUCCCAUCCCUUUUGUUUCUGGAAACUAAGGGUGUUAGCCUUUAGCCAGCUCCUGGAGGAUUCAGCAAACGCCCUCGAGUUGGCCAGUUGUUACUGGCCUUACAUAACCCAGCAGAAGAGAGUCUCCCAGAAUACACUGGGGUGGGGAGGGCGGGAGGGACAUGCAUGGGGCCAAACUCCCAUUUCUCCAUCCCUGGACCUCUGUGACUUGGCUUCAGUUUUCACAAAGGCUCUUCCCCUGGCCCCUCAAUCUUCCCAUUUGCAGUUGGAAGAAAUAACCCUGGCAAUAUCACUGUCCUCUGAGAGGUCUGGCACCCCCAGGCCUGUGGAGUGUCUUCCAGCACUGAACAGGGUGUGGUCCUCUCUCAUCAGGGGAAUAGGAAAGGAAACCUGGAAAGGAAAGACUGGAGCUCAUAACAUCCGCAGCUUCGUUUCCGACAAUGUUCUCACGUCUGCAGUAUUUCUGUGUGUCCCCUGUGAUGCUCUGAGUCAGUUUUCUCCAGAAGAAGGGAGGGGACCCAGGCAGCUUUUCUCAUCUAAGAGGUCUUCGCUGCCAGGCACUUGACAAAGACUUCGAGGUGGAACAGGGAGGGGCCCUCUCCCUUGGUCUGGCAGCCAGGCUGAGUAACCCAGCGGGCUGGGGCCUCAGAGCCACCUGAAGAGUCCUUGGCUAUGGAAUUCAACCCCAUGGAGUGUGGGAAGAGGAGCACAGGAGUAUGGACUCCAGAGCCCAUCAGCGGGGUCCAUCCCACCCUGCCACUUACUAGCUGUGUGGUCUGGAGUAAGUUAUUCCAUGUCAGCUUGGUUUUCUCACCUGUGACACCUGUAACAUGGGCAUGCUCACAGUCCUAGGUUUUUGUGAGGAAAGAUUUAUUUAAUGACUUCAAAGCACCUGGCCGUUUCUUAACGCUUACUAAAUAAAUGUCAUUGCUAUUGUUUUGUUUG